AUGUACCCAUCAUCCUCUUCUUCUUCAUCACAGGGCUCAAUGGGCCCUAGUGGCAGUCGCCUAGUCCGCUACGGCUCAGCCCCAGGCUCCCUCCUAGCCAACGCCGUCGAUUCUGUUAUCGGAUCCACCCGCGAAUUCUCGUCCCUCCGAUCCCAGACCCAGACCCAAACCCGCAUGGGCCCAUCAUGUUACUUCUCCUCUGAAACGUCUUCGCUUACAUCAGAAUCCACUUGCAAGGCCAACAACAAUAAUUCGACGGGUACGACAGAGCAUAAGGGAACUGGGUUACAGAGAUCUUUUGGUUUGAAUGAGUCAGCCGUUGGUGAAUUUGGAACGGCUGGUGAUUUGAAAAGCGACGGCGGUGGUGGGUCUACUUCUUCUGCGUCUUUGGUUCGUCACAGUAGCUCACCUGCUGGCUUUCUUAACUAUCUUGCUACUGCCUCUUCAGCUGAUAAUGGUUUUUCAAACGCAAGAGGGAUUGGUAGGAGUAAUUAUAAAGGGGGCUCUGAUAGUAGCCAUGGAAUAUCAAGGUUGAGCUCUCAGCUGAGCUUCACAGGACAAGAUUCUCUUUCUCAGAUCAGUGAAGAAAGCGAGGAUGUUAUUGAUGGCAUGGGUAACGAUGGCCACAGAAAUGCUGCUCAUUCUUAUGCUCAUGCUAGCUUCGGGAUGUCUUCUUGGGACAAUGCCAGUGCCAUCACGUUUUCUGAUCCACCAAGCAAGCGAGCUAAGAACAUCGGCGGUAUCCUUGUCAAUGGUGGCAACAACAUGGAAUCCCAGUUUCAGUUUAGCACGCUGCAGACAGCACUAGAGAUGGCCUCAGUGGAGAGGUUACUUCAAAUCCCUCAAGACUCUGUCCCUUGCAAAAUUCGUGCUAAGCGAGGCUGCGCUACUCACCCAAGGAGCAUCGCUGAAAGGGAGAGAAGAACCAGAAUAAGUGGGAAACUCAAGAAUCUACAAGAUCUUGUCCCUAACAUGGAUAAGCAAACUAGCUAUGCAGACAUGCUGGAUCUAGCAGUGCAACACAUUAAAGGGCUUCAAAAUCAGGUUCAGAAUCUCAAAAAGGACCUUGAGGGUUGUACAUGUGGCUGCAAGUAA